ACAGGCGACUCGGAGGAGCGUCAGGUAAGAGGCUCGCGUUUCCCUCCGUUUUAUCGGGAACUGGAAGUUUUAUUUCGCGUCUGGAGGAUCUAGGAAGGAAGAUAUAAGACCAGAGGAGGUUCGGUCAGCAGAAGAGAGCGUCGGGACAACCGUGAGACGAGGAAUUGAGCGUUGAGGAAGCAAGGCUGGGCUGGGAGAUAGCGAGCUUGCCUUUGUAUGGUGUUCGUGCACGUCGAUAAAGUAUUUCGUUUUAAUAACAGGAGUUACUUCCAAGUCGAGGUGGAAAUCAGAAAGGAGCAGCUCCCUGUGGUCCAGGUACCUGUAUAGAUAUCCAGAGCACAGGAUUCCACAUGCAGAGAGGUGAAGAAGGCAGCUAACUUCAAAACUUUACCAGUAAGAAAAGGUUAAAGAUAAGUGGAAGAUGGCAGAAGCAAAGGAAACAGUAUCAGUGAAGUGGUGGAAUCACCGCAGUGCUCUUUGUCGAGGAAUUAAGGAAAUUUAUAGCAAGGAAAUUUAUGCAGAUGUGCAACUGGAAUGUGAUGGCCAUGUCCACUGGGUGCAUAAGUUUGUUCUGACAGCCUGCAGCGAAUACUUCAAAGACAUACUGAUUGACGUCCCGCACAGAGGCUCUAUUUCCUUGUCAUCCAAUGUGCAGCAUAAAGAACUGGCAGCCCUCCUAGAUUUCAUGUACUUAGGGGAGGUUGUGGUCAAUCAGGAGGACCUUCCAAAGCUGGUGAGUGCAGCUGAAGUGCUGAUGGUACGGGGCCUGGCUGUGCCCUAUGAAGAUGACGAGUGCGAGAGCAGUGGAGAUGGGAGUGAUUCAAAGGACAGGGACUCCAGAGAGAUGGAGGUCACAGGGACAUCCAGUGAGAGACCCCACAAGAGGAAACAAAAAUGGGAUGCGGAUGUACCUUACGAAGAGGACUACCAGAGCAAGAAGAGUAAAACCACACACAACUUUGGCUUGGAGAAUGAAGGGGAGAUAAAGGUCAAGGUUGAAGUGGAGGAUCACAAUGUAGAAGCUGAUGUUCAAGACAUGGGCUAUGGCCAGGAGGAAGGUUAUUCUCCCCAUCUCAAGUCUCUACAGACACUCAUCUCGACUUCAGGGAGAGAGAACUAUGGAAAUUCGAGUCAGGCAGCACACAGUGACAAUCAAAACACACAAGCAACAAGUUCAAAUGCUGAAGUCAAUGCAAUGCUGAAUGUCAUGAUUGAAGGCAACUCACAUAUCUUGCAGGGAGCACCACAGGAAAAUGGCAGCAAAGCAGGCAUGUCUGUGGGUAGGGGAAGAGAAGAGGGCCCACAUCUGGUUGGCAAUGAAAAUGAAGCCGGUCACACAUGUGUUCAGUGUGGGAAGGUGUUCCAGUGGAAGAGCAACCUGACCAAGCACAUGAGAACUCACACAGGUGAAAAGCCCUACAACUGUGAACUUUGUACCUAUAAGACAAGCUACAGUGAAGCUCUGAAGCGGCACAUGAGAAUACACACAGGAGAAAAGCCAUAUAAGUGUGAGCUGUGUGAUUAUAGGAGUCGUGAUUAUGGCUCAUUAAAACAACAUUUGAAGAAACACAGUGAUGUCCCUAAGUGAGUGGGGUCCAAAGGACAAGAGGGUGAUAAUUUAUUCAAAGGCCAUUAUUGCAAUAGAUUAAAUCACUUUUAGGAGGUAAUAGCACAAUUAUUUUUUGAAGAAUGGUUACAAUUGAGAUUGUAGAAUAUAUUUAGGUUUAGCUCUCCAUAUAUAGGUUCAUGAUGAAUCUGAAUAUGUCUUUUGAGAUGGGAUAUGUAUCCCACUGGAUUUUCUCUUAAAAUUUCUUCUGCAUCAAAAACCUUUUUUAGCUGUUUGUAUUUUAGAGCUUCACCUUGUUAGACAAAACAGCCUGCACAAAUGGGUUGACUUUAGAGUAGCUAAUUAACCAACUUUCAUAUUUAUUCAAUUUCCAUGUUCCAAGAUUCUACCAGAUAUCAUUUCAGUCUGUCGUAGGCAAGUGCCAUGGGUGGUGUAGGCACAGUACAGUGCUCUAGGCUUCAGUUCUUAUAAGUAGAGUAACUGUGUUUCAACAGAUAUGAUAAACAGGAUAUACUUUUUAUUUAUGAUACAUUGUUGAAUAUUAAUAAGACCAUAAAAUCAUUUCCAAAAUAUGCACAGGAUUAUUUAUGAAUUAAAGAGAAAAAAACAAAUGUGUUAAACUUGUUUUUUGAACAGUUUUAUUUCCUUAAUUAAUUAUGUUUAUAAAUUGCAAAAUUUAAUUUAGAUGAUAGACCACAUUUUUCUCUUUUUUGAGAUCAGUGAAAUGUAUCCUAAAAUUUUUAAAAAGAUGUGUCAU